AUGGCCUUAACCUAUGUAACAGUACCACACCGCAUACUCAUGUACCGGUACUGGAGUUGCAUUGUCACUGCUUUAGACCUAUGUACCGGUACCACAAUUUUCACUUCGAUAACGGCUUCCAUCAAACGAUCUACCACCAACAAUGGCUAUGAGUCGGAGCUCACCGACUUGUCAGACCUUGAAGAAUUUACACCGCUGAAAGGACUAAGUGUGACGUCUGUCACUUGUCCUGCACCCAAACCACCGCCCACAACUAAACCACCCGCUCACACAAUCAUACAACCUCCUGCAAUCAAACAACCUUGUACAAUGAAAGAAAAACCUGCCCAGCUCAAGCCAAAAGUUGCAAAGAAGACUAAAAACCGACACCCCACAACCAAACCAAAGCCUUGCACGCACGAGGUGCCUAAACACCUCAGACCAGAUAUCCCAGCACAUCAUUACCCUAGCUCCUAUCACCGUCAAUCUAUGGUCGCAGACUACCUGCACAGCGUGUUUCAAAAUGCCAGGGUAGUUAAUGUGAAAUUCGACUUAGCUGUAGCGUAUUUCUUGCAGCACACACACCACCUUGACCUUGGUGACAUACCAAAUAGUGUAGACAAGAUUCUCAAUGACUAUUCUCUUCUUGAACCACUCACCGGACGGCAGGACAUCCUCCUCACCUGUGCCCAUCACAUCAAACACUCUCUUGACGACGUUGCCGCUGGUGCUCGCCCUGAUGCUCUCACUCCUUUUGCUCUACAAUAUUUGACCAUUGACGCCCUAAACAACUUAGCAAUUGAGCAAUCCAAGUUGCCAGUUAUUGAACAAGGUCAAAAGGCUUUCAUCGCUGCAGCUGAGGUAAAUGGUGCCUCAGUCAUUACCCACUGUGGUCCGAUGACUUUCAAAACCUUCCAACGUACACAGCAUCUACCCACUCCAACUGCCCUCAGUCCGUUCUCUGUCAAGCCUAACGCCAGUACGCAACUCAACGGCGCGGAUAAUCGUUACAUUGAGGUUCCAGGUAUGCUGAAUGGUGCUCUGCCAUCUCAGGCUGUCGGAUUUGGUCGAUAUGUGGAAUGUUCCAAAGGCAUGACAGACACACAAAUGGCUCUAGGUCGUAACCGGCAGGGUCACCCCUCCUCUGGCUGGCAACAAGAUGACAUCAGCCAUUACAACCUACCCACCUUGAUUCAGAUGGGUAAAGAACACGCAUAUAAGCGUGAGGACCACGCGCAGAUUGAUUCUGAGCUGUUAUGGUAUCACAAGCUAGGGCAACUUGUCAUCAAGGCAUUCAUGCUGAUUUCUUAUGCCUUUGCUGUCAGAGCGCUUCAAGUCAUAGUCAAAAAGGGAAAUCUAGGGGCAGCUCGUGAAAUCAAGGAACUUCCAAACCCACUUGGAAUUGGUAGGCACACGAUGUACAGCAUGCAGGUCAACCAUCACCGAGAUGGAAAGAACGCACCUCUCUUCGCCUCCGCUAUUUUUUUUGGCAAGAACUAUGGGGGUGGCGAAUUGAUGUUAAAUUAUCUUGGCUAUGCAGUUCAUGGUGGUCCUGGGAAUUCAGUCCACGCCGCCUUCGAUGUCCUAAUGCACGGUGUAGGUAAAAUCACCUGUCUUCCUAACGCUGAAGGCCUGCCACCUCAGCGUAUCUGUAUGGCAGUCUACAGCCAUGCAGAUGUGUUUGCCUCCGCUGCACGCUAUUCAGGCAUGCAACAAUCACCAAAGGUCUUCAGCGACCGCCGCCUAUGGUCACCCUUUUAUCCAGAUAACUUCACACUUCAGCAAAUCCUUGACAUCUUGAAGGCAGAACAGAAACGCCUGGAUGGGAAGUAUCACGAAGAGGUUUGCAUCUACCAAGCGGCAAAGAAGGCAGCAGAGGAAGCGGCCGAAAAGGCAAGUGCACUUGCCGCCCUAACAAAUUGUCGGCUUCCCUUGGAGAUGGAUAUGUAUGAAGAUUUUAUUUAA